CGUGUCAAAACACACCAAAACAUCCACUAAACAAACGUUUGUUCAUGUGUAGUUUGGUCUUUGUGCUCUGUGUUUAACUGACUUAAUAAAAAAUAGUAUCCGGCAUUCAGAUACAUGCAACUUCAGACACGUUCUUUAGAAAUAACUUUUUGUUGCCGUUAGUAACGGUCACGUUGCCAACAUCGUGGUUACUUACUGGAGUUUCACUUGUCCUCGGAUCAAUGGCGUCCUGUGUUACAGAGUGGAUAACGUCUUGUUCCAACGUCAUUCUCUCUGCCACAGCAUUGUACUCUUCUUACAGAUUGUUUAAGGUAGGUUUUAUUCAGUGUAGUGCCAAUGUAGAUACUUUAGAAUUUACUAAGCUUAAGGCUGAACCAUAAGUCACUAUGUUCUACUACUACGCAAGAAAAACAAUUGGAUCACAGGGCUCCUUCAUUAGGCCUCUUCCUGCUUGGACUUUCUGCAGCACUUUGCAUCUCACAUCCCUCCUGCUCAUACCUCACUUCUAUCCAGAGAGAAGCAGAAUGGGCUGGCGAGGUUCUGGCCCCAGCGCUGGUCACCUUUGACUUUCUGUGGCUCAGUGAAGACCACAACACGGCACAUAUUCUCCUUUGUGGCUCCUGUCUGCUGCUGGGAGUGUGUGACUGGGUCUCAGCAGAUGCUGUCACACUGAUGACACGCUGCCUGGGCCUGUCUUCCCUGUCCUGCUGCCUGACGGUGUGUCUGUUUGCCAGUAAUGCUUUAGGGGCCUUUGGUGGUGUGGCCCUCAGCCUCCCGCUGCUUGUGGCUCAGAGGGUUGAAACAAACACUUUUACUCCACUGUUUUCUCCAGCUGCAACUGAGGGACUCGCCAAGUGGCUUUUAAAGGGCUCUAUGUCUGUUGGGUGUUGGGCCUCCACACAGGCCCUCAGCAAGUUUCUGUUGUAUGUGACGGACCAAUGUCAAAGCAAUUAUUAAUCAUUGAACAAAAAUGGCAAACAUUAUCUGCUUCCAUCUGCUCAAAUGUGAGCAUUUAAAAAAAAAAAGAAAUGUCCUUGGGUUUAAGACUGUUCAGACAAGCAGCGUUUGGCUCUGGGAAAUGACAGGCAUUUUUUUUCAAUUCUUUGUAUGUCUUGUAUAUAAAUUGAUGAAUCUAAAAAAUAAUCUCUAGAUUAAUCAAAAAUGGAAAUAAAAAUGUUUUCAGCAUGAAUUCCUAAAAUAGAGACAAUAUCCAUUUAAGAAUAACAUUCUUUUUCCAUAUGGAUGUUUAAGAACAUAAUACAAGCCAUUAUUAUUGAACAAAAAACAAUUAGGGCUGAGAUAUAUAGAAAAAUGAAAAACCAAAAUCAAAUUGUCUGCAUGUUAAUGGAAAGUCAAACUGAAGUACCAAUUAGAUCUACUUUAAUUUAAUCUAGUAUCUGCUUAAGCAUAGACCUUGGCUGAACUGUUCAUAUGAACUUAGCUUAAAUAAAAGCACAGGGUUAGACAAGGCAUGGAUACCAUUGAAAAAACUAAUUUGCACGCAAAUCUGUGGUCACAGUUUAAAACUGAUAGCCCAUGGUGUAUUAUUAUUAUUAUCAUUACAGCAUCACUUUGAUGCAGCAAUGAACUUUUCAGACAUAUUUGAGUGCCCUGCUGACAUUUAUUGUGCUGUUCAAUUUGAAUAUAUGAUGUAGCCAGCAUGUGGGUGUUUGAAUAUGUUAUGUGAUCAUUUCAAAGAAGGUCUAGCAGGCUGUACUCAAUCUCCGGCCAUUGACACCCUCCACACAUCUUUCUAACAGUUUUUCUGUAUCCGGCUGCUUUAGAGUCUGGGUACUAUUUGUUCUGCAGCUUCAGCAGUAUCACUGUUUAAAUAUCUGCAGUGGUCUAAGCUCUGGGCUUGCUCCUACCUCAGUAUGCCCAUUUGUUACUUACCAGUGCACUUCUUUAUUAAUACUUCCUUGGUGUUUAAUGGCUGUGAUGUUAACACAAAUUACAUCAUCAGUUCAACCAUUUGUCCACAGUGUUGUCCCUGCAAGAUGAUAUCCUUACAAAGAUGUGUAGUGGACACUGCAGAUUCUCUCUCAGGAUUUCAGAGUUGUGAGCAGCUGCCUCAGCAGUUUUACUGCAAUAAAUCAACAAGCAUCUGUGGCUGUGAGGCAAUGCCUUUGUCAGAUCUCAGGGUACAGGUGGACAGGGACAUUUACAAAGUAUUCAAAAAUUAUGUGCACAUAUGUGAGUUUGGGGUGCCAGAAAUCAUGAUGAUUGUGCUGCCGGUGCUUUUUUUACGUAAUGAUUCAUCAUUGAGUUCAUGUCUUUUUUUUGCAAGUAUUUUAAAAAUGUCACGUUAUACUUCUAUGUAUUCUUUUAUUAUAUCACUUUUUGUUACAAAAAUAUGAAUAUAUACUAAAGGAAGAUUAAGUUAACAUAACUUGAAUAAAUUAUGUCAAUGUUUAUUAAAAAACACUCCAGAUAUGUAAUUCCACAUUGCAUUUCAAAGAUCUCUUGGCUCAUGUUCAAAGUGUCCAACUAGUGUACCAGUCCAUGCAAAUGUCUCUAUAUUUGCAAUAAGUGCAUUAUGCUGCAGUUUCAGAUUUUUAUAAGCACCUGGAACCUGACAUAGCUCAUCAACCUGUAUGCCUCUGGCCGCUGGUCUCAGCAUCAACCCCCUCCCUGGCUCAAUCAGUCUCCAUACUGAAUCGGUCACUUCACCACUGCAGCGGAUCAGGAAACUGCACUGAGCAUGUUUGCUGCAGAUGCAGCCUGUAGAUGGAGCAAAGUGGAGAGGAGGAGAAAGGGGAGGGAAGAGAACGGCAGAGAGGGAGUCACACAGGAGCUGCACACAGCGCUGGGAUGCUGUUGCAGCUCUGAGAACAAGGGCUGCAUGGGAAGAUUUGUCAUUGACAACACAGAUGGAGUGUGAAAGGGGAAUACAAAUGACUGGGAUGUCAGAUUGCCAUCAUCAAAGAGGAAAAUAUUUGUGAUAAGGGAUUCUUGGUCAGCAUAGAGAUGUACGCCUUCUACUCCCUGUUAGUCUACAUCUUCUACACUGUGUUUAAGAAGGAAGAGGAGGAUGAAGCUUUGGAGGGGGCGCGUGGAUCUUCCUCAGACGAGCCAGGACCUGUUACCAUGGAAACAAGGAGCAGGAGGAGAAAUAGCCACACCUCCAAAAUGGGUAAAAAGGCUUGUGCUCGGCUUGGUGAAUCCAGCAGUAGCAGUGACAGUGAUGAAAUGUCUCUGAGUGAUGAAGGCGAGGACGAUGGCCCAGACAUCCCAGCAUGCACUCCUCUGGCUGCUUUUCUGUCCUUCAAGCAGGACGCUGAGAAAAGGAGGGCCUCACAGGUUCAGCUGGAAACCACAGGAAAGUUGACAGAGUCUCCCCUGGUGGCAGUAAUGUCCCACUUGCUGAGUUUUCUGGAGCAGUACUCUCACUUCCAGCAGCUACAACAGCAGGCCGACCAGUACCGGGUGCAGCUGAAAAGGCACCGCGUUCAGCACCGCCGCCAGAUGAAGGCUCUGCGAGCAUCGUACCGCCAACGCCUCAGGGACAAGAGCAGCAUCAUCAGCAGCCUGGAGGAGACCAUCAGCCAGCAACAGACCCCCAGUCCAAUGAGCGAGGGUGAGUCCAGCAGUGAUGCAGGGACACAAGCUGGGGUUCACCGGCUGGUUGAGUCUCUGUACGGUCUGCAGGGCGAGAGGAGUAAGCUGAGAGGAGAACUCCGUCUGCUGCACUCACAGCUGGAGCAGAAGGAAAGGGACAGACACUCUCGAAUACAAGCCUUUCAACAGCAGAUUGAUGAGCUCAAGAGUUGCAUAGAGGAGCGCGAGGAGGAGCUGUCAAGACUGAGAACAGCCACCGGGGUCACAGACUCAGAGAAGCGGGUUCUGUGUCUGUCAGCAGAGAACGAGAGUCUGAAGCAGAACCUGAGCGUUACCCAAGGCCUUCUGCAGCAGCUGUCAACCAUCCCCUCCCAGUCCAGCACCAUGCUCAUCAAGGAGAAUGAAAACCUGCGCAGCAGAGUGCAGCAGCUGGAGAUGUCCCUACAGCAGCGUGCUGAGCAGCUGUCACAACUGGAGCGACAGAGCGAUCAAAGCGAGUGGAGAAGAGGAGAGGAGCUGAGGAAACGAGAGGACCGAGUAAGGGAGCUCCAGCUGGAGUUGGACAGGGAGAGAGGCAAGGAGCCAGUGGUGAAGUAUGUCACCCAGACUGUGGAGGUGGAAUCACCAGCCACGUUAAAGCAGCUGACCAAAGCCAGACAGAGGAAUGAACUGCUGUCCGAUAAGCUGUCCAAUCAGAAUGAGCGGUGCAAACAGCUGGAAGAACACAUCAGGAAGUCCGAUGAAUACAGCUGUAAUCUGCAGCACAAGAUUGCAGCGUAUGAGCGAGAAAUCAGUAAACUGAGAGAGGAGCUGUUGAAAGAGAUUGGCCACUUGGAGGAGAGGAAAGAAGAGGCUGUGAAGGCUGCUGCCACCUGCUCAGCCGAGCACUUUCAGAACCUGCAGGAUCAAUUUUUCAGCUUGCAGAAGCGUCUGACUUCACUCCCUCCGACUUUACGCUCCAUGAAAACAGACUACACCAGUCUGAGGAGCCAGGUUCGAAACUUCUCAGACUUUUACGGAUCAGCUAUCAGUGAAGCAAAAAAACAGAUUUCAGCAGUGAUCAGUGAGAUGUCUGAAGCCAACAAAGAUCUCUUGGAGAAAUAUAGGAAGGAGGUCGCACUGCGCAGGAAGUACCAUGAGCAGCUGGUGGAGCUUAAAGGCAACAUUCGCGUGCUGUGUCGUGUAAAGCCUGUGCUGAAGGAGGACCAGCAUGAGGAGGGACAGUCUGUGGUGGUGACCACGGACCCCAACAACGAGUCCUUGCUCAAUGUGCUGAACAAAGGGAAGGGUCGCAUCUUUGAACUGGACAAGGUCUUCCAGCCUCAGGCCACACAGGAAGAGGUCUUUCAGGAGAUUGAGCCUCUUGUGACGUCCAGCAUUGAUGGCUACCAUGUCUGCAUAUUUGCAUAUGGGCAGACUGGCUCUGGAAAAACCUACACAAUGGAGGGCAGUGUGGAGAACCCAGGCAUCAACCAGCGAGCCCUGAAGCAUCUGUUCAGUGAGAUUGAGGAGAGGAAGGACAUGUGGUCUUACACGGUCACCGUCAGCUCUGUGGAGAUCUACAACGAGGUGCUAAGGGACCUGCUGAGUAAGGAUGGAGAGAAACUGGAUAUCAAGAUCAACCCGGACGGAACAGGACAGCUGCACGUGCCAGGCCUCAGGGUUAUCGAAGUGAAGAGCUUUCAGCACAUCAAGAAGAUUUUAGCCACAGCCCGAAGGAACAGGAUCACCUUCGGCACUCAGAUGAACCAGCACAGCUCCCGCUCCCACGCUCUGCUCUGCAUCACCGUUCAGGGCACUGACCUCGCCACCGGGUCCAAAACCACCGGCAAGUUGAACCUGGUGGACUUGGCUGGCUCGGAGAGGGUAUGGAAGUCUGGUGCAGAGGGAGAGAGACUGAAAGAGGCCCAGAAUAUCAACCGCUCUCUGCUGUCACUGGGAGAUGUAAUUCAAGCACUGAGAGCGCGGCAGACUCAUAUCCCUUUCAGAAACUCCCGCCUUACAUACUUAUUACAGGACUCCCUGGGCAAAGGCAGCAAGACUGUCAUGGUGGUCCAGGUAUCUGCUCUGCAGAGUAAUGUGGGAGAGACAUUGUGCUCACUGAAGUUUGCCCAGAGGGUUUGCAAGGUGGAACUGGGUCCUGCAGCCAGGAAGAUUGAAUCUGGUGGAGGACAGUACGACUGACAGCCUUGAAUCAGCCACUUCCUGUUCCCAAUGACCACCAGGAAGCUCUGAAUGCACCAGUCUUUAGAUUAUUACCCACUCAAUCAACACGCAACAGUAUCAACAAGAUGAACAGCAAUCCUGCUCAAGGGCUAAAUCUGUGGAGGUCUGUGUGGCACCCGGACGCCAACCUUUGAUUGAGGUUAGGUAUCGAGGCCUCCUCUUUGCCAUUCUCUGCUUCUGACGAGUGAUAAACCAUUACCAUUAGCUAAUCUGCAUGCAGGAGAAUAUAUUCUUCCACUCUAAAUGCCAGAACAACCUCUGACUACAACAGCUCAGUUUCCUUUUAUUAAAUACCAAAAUCCAGGAUUUAUCUUAUCAGCUUUUCUCGCUGAAUAACACAGUAUUUACAGCAUCACGUUUGAUCAGGUUCAACCAGCUUCCAGAGCAACAACAUCAACACUUCCGUUUUUGCAGUAUUAAUCACCUUGUUAUAAAUGUCUGUAGUUUGUGAGCUUCAUCUCCAAUGUUGUAUAUUUUGGAAGAUUGUAGUGUGUAGGAGAAGCUGUUUUGUUGUAAAAGUAUGGCUAUAAAUCAUUCAACAACACUUAAGUCACAUGUUAGUGUAGUGUUUUUUUUUUUCUUUCCAGAAAAGCUGUUUUUCGUUUCUCUUUUCGCCUUCUGAGAACGGAGGAAAGAGGUUGAAGAAAGCAGGUGGCCUUUUAUUAAGAGUGGUUAUAUAAUUAACUGUGCAAUACUCUCCUUAUUAAGGAGACAGUCUGGGCCUAUGUGGACAUAAGAUGCACUUUAUUGUGAAAUAACAGGAGCAUUUAAGUUCAGAACAGGUAUUUAGGUGCUUGAAAUAUAUACUAGUAUGUCAUACCAAAAACAGCAUAUUGAUAUCUGUUCAUCAUUGUUCCUCUACUUAUCACCCAUUGGAUCAAAGCUACAUUGAUUCAAAAGUAGCAAGUUGUUAAUGUUGCAGUAACUAUCAUGAGUACAUAGGGAUCACUUGAUUAUGACUAGAGAGUGAAUUUUCAGAUUUUCUGAAUAAAUGUGAUGUAUUUAA